AUAGAAAAUCUGAAAACGGCGUUUGAAAAAGCAAACGAGGUUUGGCCACGGUAAACGUGUUGUCAAACCAGCACUUUAUAGUUUAUGCUUUCACACAAGUAAAGAAACGCGGUAGUGACACGCUACAAUCAAAACAAAUCGGCUAAGCUUCCAAACUUUUAUUGAGUAGUACAUUUAAACAAAGUAAAAAUCAACCCCUAUAUGCUACUCAAAAAGUAUUAUACAAUUGAUUAGGUGGAAUUGUAUGGAAAUUUCGAAGAAAUGCAUGAGUUAUGGUACCAUUCUUUCUCUCACCAGUUAGUACUGUAUAUAUGAUCCAUUCUUUGUCACAUAAGAAGAUAAUAUAUAGAACAAAGUUUACUAAUAUAGUAAGCAUAACUAAAUGGAGAGAGUCUUUGUCAAAAACCACUUGUGCUUAUGGAUUGUUGUUGUUGUUGUUGUUUUGUUUCUUGUCAAGGAGUUAGAAGGGUGUUUAGAGAAAGAAAAGCUGGGUUUAUUGGAUCUUAAAACCUUCUUGAUUUCAAACAGCACUAGUAAAUACAAUAAUCUUACAUCAUGGGAUAAGAGUGAUGUUGAUUGUUGCUCAUGGGAGCGUGUCAAGUGCAACCAUACCACAGGACAUGUUAUGGAUCUCUUGCUUGGAGGAGUUACAAUUCCAACCAAUACAACUUAUCUUUGGAUCUUCAACUUUUCAUAUUUUCUUCCUUUCAACCAUUUAGUUCAUCUUGACUUAUCAGCUAACUAUUUUGAUGGUUGGGUUGAAAUUGAAGGAUUAUGUGGAAUGAAGAAUCUGCAGGAACUUGACCUCAGCAGAAAUGGAAUGAGUGGUUAUUUUCCUCAAUGCCUUAGAAACUUGACAAGCCUCAGAGUACUUGAUUUAUCCUCAAAUAAUUUUGUUGGAAACAUUCCAUCUUUCAUCAUUAGUCUCAAGUCUCUUGAAUAUCUAUCUCUCUUUGAUACCAACUUUGAUGGAAUUUUCUCAUUUAGUUCUUUGAAUAAUCAUUCUAAACUUGAAGUUUUCCUUCUGUCACCAAAAACAAAUAACUUGUAUGUGGAAACUGAAGAAAGUCCAUCAUGGCACCCUACUUUUCAAUUAAAAGUUCUCCAACUUAGAAAUUGCUUUCUAAAUUCAAAGAGAGAUGGAACUUUUCCUACUUUUCUACUUUAUCAGCAUGAGCUGCAACUACUUGACCUUUCUCAUAACAAGCUAUCAGGGAAUUUUCCCUCUUGGAUAUUGGAAAAUAACACAAAGUUGGAGACCUUAUACUUGAUGAAUAACUCAUUCACAGGAACUCUUGAGCUUCCAACUUUCAAACAUGGUUUAUUGGACCUACAAAUUUCAAAUAACAAGAUUGGUGGUCAACUACAAGAGGAUAUAGGUAAGAUAUUUCCAAAUCUUUAUUAUGUAAACCUAUCUAAGAAUAGUUUUGAGGGAAUUCUUCCAUCAUCCAUUGGUGAAAUGCAAACAAUAAGGACUUUGGACUUAUCCAAUAACAACUUCUCUGGAGAGCUUAGUAGCCAUUUGAUCUCCAAUUUGACCUCAUUGAGACUUCUGAGGCUAUCUCACAAUAGUUUCCAUGGACUUGUUCCAUUACUUUCAAACUUAACAAGAUUAAAUUGGUUGUAUUUGAACAAUAACUCCUUUAGUGGAGUAAUUGAAGAUGGAGUGUCAAACAAUUCUUCUUUGUUUUCCUUGGACAUAUCAAACAAUAUGUUAUCUGGCAGGAUUCCAAGAUGGAUUGGAAGAUUCACAAAACUAAGUGUACUUUCAUUGUCAAAGAAUCGUUUACAAGGUGAAAUCCCAAAUGAGCUUUGCAACCUAAUUUCCCUUAGCUAUUUGGAUCUUUCUGAAAACAAUCUAUCAGAUUUUUUACCUUAUUGCUUUAAGAACUUCAAAUACAUGAAGUUCUUAUACUUGCAAAAGAAUGCUCUCCAAGGUAAUAUACCAUAUGCUUUUUCUCAACUAACAAAAUUAACAUCACUAGACCUGAGGGACAACAAUUUUUUUGGAAAUAUUCCACAGUGGAUCAACAGGCUCUCAAAGUUAAGAGUUCUUUUACUGGCAGGGAAUAAAUUAACAGGUCCAAUUCCUAUCUAUGUGUGUGAACUUGAACAUGUCAGAAUUAUGGAUCUCUCACAUAAUUGGAUUAAUGAAACAAUACCUCCAUGCAUUAAGAAUAUAUCAUUUAAAAUGGUAGAGUUUCAAACUACUGCAGUAGGAGGAAGAGCAGUGCAGAAUGAUAAUGACUCAAAGGAUAAAAUUCAGUAUUAUGGAAAUACUGCAACAUCAUACAUUUUUUUAGUGGAUGAUAUUUGGUUCACCCCUGGAAAUACUUUCGACAUUUUCUAUAACUCCUCUUUGAGCUUGAACCAUCCUAUUGCUGAUGAAUACAUGAUAUCUUAUGAAAUAGUAGAAAUUGAGUUCAGAACAAAGAGUUAUUAUCUCUCUUACAAGGGUAAUAACUUGAACUUAAUGACUGGAUUGGAUUUAUCAAGUAAUAAUUUGAGUGGUAGUAUUCCCCCAGAGAUCGGAGAACUAAGAGAUAUUAAAGCCUUGAAUCUUUCGCACAAUCGAUUCUCAGGAUCGAUACCAGGAACCUUUCCCAAUUUGAUAAAUAUUGAGAGUUUAGACCUUUCUUACAAUAAUUUGAGUGGUGCCUUACCUCAAAACCUGACUAAUUUAUACUCUUUAGCUAUAUUCAAUGUCUCAUAUAACAAAUUCUCUGGUAGAGUUCCAACCACAAUGCAGUUUGCAAACUUUGAUGAGAACAACUAUAGAGGUAAUUCAGAUCUUUGUGGAUCUGUUAUCAAUAUAACCUGCAAUCAUACCUCCAUUUUUCCACCAGCAUCGACAACGCAACAUCAGACCGCAAUUGAUAUGGAGUCCUUCUAUUGGAGUUGUGUUGCAUCUUAUGUUACAGUUGUCAUUGGGUUAGCAGUAAUUCUUUGGGUUAAUUCUCAUUGGUGUAGGGUUUGGUUUCGUUAUGUUGAUUUGUGUAUAUUUUAUUGCUUCUCAAGGUGUUUCAAGAAUGUUUUCCAUUAGUGAUUUGGCUAAAGAUUUGAAGAACUUUGUAAUAACUAAGUAACUAGAUAAUGAGCAUUUCAUCUUAGUAAAUAAUUGAAAUGAAAGUAGAUCUUACCAUUUAUAA